AUGAGCCGUCGAGUCCAUCGUCGGCGCCGCGAGCGCAUCAUGCCGGUCGAAGAUGAUUCAUCAUCAGAGGACAGAGAUUCGUCCCAUAUUCGUGGACCACGCGUGUUCGAUGACUCGGAUGACGAGCCUGAGGGUAUUCAAGGCGACGACGAAGAGAUUGACAGUGAUGAGGCCUUUGGCGAGGACGACGAAUACGAUAUGGGCGGUCGCAACGACGAUGAUGCUCAAGAAGAGGAUGAAGAAGGAGAGGAUAUGGUCGCUCUAAGCAACUUGCUGGAUGAGGCGCCUGAUGAGGACGAGGCGCCGGCACACGUAGACGAAGAGGAGGACGCUGAAGACGACUUUGGCAUCGAUGACCCUGAUUGGGAUGCGAUAUGGAGCAAGAAGCGCGCACAUACGGACGAUACCAGCAUGCCAAAAAAACGCACCGCGCGCCCUGAACGCACUGAAGCUGUGGGUGAGGCCACUGAGGCUGCCGGCAGUUCGGAUGUCAAACUUAGUCUACAGGAUCUUAUGGCGCACGACUCUGGCACCUCGCUCUCAAAUGUACAAGCACUUGCUGAGCAGCGUAGCAGUAAAGGAAGCCAGCCUACAGCAUCCAAACGUGGCGGAGGUGUCUUGCAUGCGCCUCUCCCCGCCCCUGUCCAGGAUCGAUUAGACCGCGUCGAAGCAUACAAACUCUCGAAAGAGGAGGUCGAGGGAUGGGCUCCUACGAUUAAGCGCAUUCGAGAGGCGGAUCACCUGUCGUUUCCUCUGCAACCACCUGCGCAACCACCAGCUCCAUCCAAUGCUGGUCUCACAGCCUCGUUCGCGCCAACCACUGAUAUGGAAAAAUCCGUGGCGUCUUUGCUGCAUGAGGGUGGAUUGUCCGAGAAGCAAGUGGCCGAGCAAGAAGGGCUUGUGCUUCGCGACAUGGAUCCUGCCGAAGCAGGGAAACGCCUGGCCGAACUGCGUCGUAUGCGUGAGCUCAUGUUCCGUGCUGAGCAGAAAGCGCGGCGUGCCAACAAGAUCAAAAGUAAGACAUACCGCCGCAUCCACCGCCGUGAGCGAGAACGAAUGAAGCAACAGGAAGCACAGGAUUUGCAGGAUGAUGACGACGAUGAAGAGCAACGAUACCAGGCGGCCAAGGAUCGAGCCAAGGAGCGCGCUACGCUUCGGCAUAAAAAUACAGGAAAAUGGGCCAAGUUCCAUGCUAGUCGCAAUGAUGACGCAUCCCAAGAAGCUCGCCUUGCUGUGGAAGAUCAGCUUCGACGAGGUGAAGAGCUCCGCAAGCGGAUCCACGUGGAAGACAGCGACGAAGAAUCCCUCGCAUCGAUGCACAGUGAUGACCGCGAGGCGGCGUUUGAUGAGCUCGAGUCGUUUGCUCGCAAAGAGGCCGAACAAGAUGAACGCGAUGCUCAAGCGCUAGAACAGUCAGGGAAAAAGAGCAAGAGUCUCUUGCAUAUGAAAUUCAUGCAAGACGCACGCGACAAGCAAUCUCGAGAGACACAAGAGACGAUUGCGUCACUUCGUGAAGAGCUCGAGCAUCAAGACGAUACGGUGAAUGAGCGUCCAGUAGGCCGUGCUGUGUACUCCCAAGGCACAAAAGGUCAUGAUGCGACGCUGCCUGCGAACCCCUUCCACACUGGCGCAUCCAAUCCCUGGCUGCGACAGUCGACGUCGGGCGGAACGUCCAAGCAAACACCACAGGUUCUGGUCGGCAAGGACAGUCGUGCUGCCACGCGAUCCAUUCAUCGCACUGAGCGACAUGCAGCACGUGGCGAUGAAGCGCGUGCAUCAGCUGCUGAAGACGCUACACUGGCAAUUGAUCCUACCGCACAGCUCGAGGCCUUGUCGAGUGAAAGCGAGGCGGAACCAACCGAGAUUUCGCGCCAUGCUCGAGGCAAGCGCGGACGCGGUAAACGCAACAAUGCACCCUUGCAGCGUGAUUUAGUUGCUGAGGCCUUUGCGGGCGAUAAUGUAGCACUGGAUUUUGCCAAAGAAAAACGCGCAAUGAUCCAGGCUGAUGCGCCCCAAGAACAAGACAUGACUCUACCUGGCUGGGGAAGCUGGGGUGGCAAAGGUGUGCGUCACAGGCAAAAGAAGAACCCAGCUUUGAUUAAGAAGAUCGACGGUCUGGACCCUUCGCGACGCAAAGAUUUUGGCAUGGAACAUGUGAUGAUCAAUGAGCGGCAAGACAAGAAAGCGUCCAAAUACAAGGCCAAGGACUUGCCAUUCCCAUACACCAGUGCGGCACAGUACGAAGCUGCCAUGCGAACACCGCUUGGAUCUGAAUGGAAUACGCGCACACAACAUCAGCGCCUCACCAUGCCGCGUGUCACGACCAAAAUGGGCCAGCGGAUUGAUCCCAUCCAGCGGAAAUUUUAG